UAGUCCAUUGAAACAUGUCUGAGGACGUGCAAAGCAGACUAACAAAAUCUGAAGGCUACACGUGAUGUGGAAGACCGUGUAUACAAAACCAGCAUUGUAUCUUAGACGUUUGAAGUUAAGAUCCUUUGCAGAUAAAGCCAGUAAUUCUAGUAGUAACAAGCCAUACACAGACAGUCUAAAUCACCCCAAGUUUCCUCGAGAGCUUGAACCGCUGCUUCACACAGGAAAACGUCUUAAAAAUCUACCAGCCACAGAACUCAAAGUUCAGAAGUCAUGUGGAUUUGAUGAACUUUACUCCUGGCAGCAGAAACAGCAAGACAGACCUGAUGAUUUCAUCUUGCACGAUGGACCGCCUUAUGCUAAUGGAGAUCCCCACGUUGGGCAUGCAGUAAACAAGAUCCUGAAAGAUGUAGUCAACAGGUACAAAAUUCUCAGGGGGUACAAGGUGCACUAUGUGCCUGGUUGGGACUGCCAUGGGUUGCCUAUAGAGUUGAAGGCACUGGGAAAAGAUGCAGCAGAUUUUAAAACAGUUUCUCCCCAGGAUAUUAGGAAGAGAGCCAGGAAGUUUGCAGAAAAAGCUAUCAAGGUUCAGACAGCAUCAUUUGAGCAGUGGGGAAUAAUGGCAGAUUGGUCUAAAGGGCGCUACUUUACCUUUGAUAAAGACUAUGAAGCCAACCAGUUGACAGCAUUUUAUGACAUGUUUAAAAAGGGGUACAUUUACGAUGACUUCAUGCCUGUCUAUUGGUCCCCUUCUUCAAGAACUGCCUUGGCUGAAGCAGAGCUGGAGUACCACUCAGAUCACAAGAGUACUGCAAUAUACUUGCAGGUUAAAGUAGCACACACCUCCACUGCUCUUACCACACUUUUAGGCAGCUGUCCUGAUAACUUGUUUGCUGUCAUAUGGACCACGACACCAUGGACUCUCCCUGGCAAUGCCGCAAUCUGCUACAGUCCACAGCUCAACUAUGGUGUAGUAAGAUGUGAGACAACUGGACGGGUAUACAUCCUGGGCACUAAUGUGAUAGACCACAUGAGACAACUCCUCAACACGCAGUUUACAGUGCUUGCUGAAUUUCAGGGUGACCUUCUGGAUGGUACUACCUAUAUACACCCAGUAUGGCCUGAUACUGCCCACCGCCCCUUCCUGCCAGGACCCCAUGUGGCAGGGGGGAAGGGUACUGGUCUGGUUCACACAGCCCCAGCACAUGGCCAUGACGACUUUUGUGUGUGCAAAGAGUACCAUAUUGGAGCUGAAAGUCUUGUGGAUGAAGAUGGGUGUUUUACUGUGGAAGCAGGAGAAGAGCUGCAUGGCAAGAAUGUGUUGGCAGAUGGCAACAAUAAAGUUCUUCACUUGCUGGGAAGUAAUGUUCUGCAUCAAGAACUAUUUGAACACAGUUACCCGUACGACUGGAGAACUGACCAGCCAGUGAUCAUCAGAGCUAGCAGACAGUGGUUCAUAGCCACAGAAAAGAUCAAGGAAAGAGCUCUGUCCCUGCUAGAGGACAUAGAAAUGUCCCCUCCACGGUACAAGCAGGACAUGUCAGGUCUCCUAAGAGGCCGACCCUAUUGGUGUAUCUCCAGACAGAGGGCAUGGGGCGUACCUAUCCCAGUGUGCUAUCACGUGGAGACAAAACAGACUGUUAUUUCUAGUGCUUCAAUAGAACAUAUCAUCCAUCUAGUUAGACAGCAUGGCUCAGACUGCUGGUGGAGGCUUCCCUUUGAACAGUUAUUCCCAAAAGAUGUUCUUGAAAAGAGUGGUUUUGAUCCUAAUGCAGUGUAUGUAAAGGGAGAGGACAUCUUGGAUAUCUGGUUUGACAGUGGCACCUCCUGGGCUACUGUACUGAAAGACCACAAUUAUCAAGCAGAUCUUUAUGCUGAGGGUUAUGAUCAAUUUGGUGGAUGGUUUCAGUCCUCUUUGCUAACAAGUACAGCAGUUAACAACAUAUCCCCAUACAGGAAACUGUUAGUCCAUGGAUUUGUCACUGAUGAAGAUGGAAAGAAAAUGUCCAAGUCUGUGGGGAAUGUUGUGCACCCUAAUUCUGUGAUAUAUGGAGGAAAGGACAAAGAAAACGAGCCAGCAUUUGGUAUUGAUUUAUUGCGCUACUGGGCUGCGUACAAUUACCAAGAUAACCAAGUCAGUAUAGGCCCCAGCAUACUUAAGAAACACAACACCAGGUUGUUAAAGAUAAGCAAAGUUCUCAGGUAUUUGGUAGGAAACAUUCAAGAUCUGGAUUCUUCAGACAAACUAGUUGAAUACACACAGCUACUCCCCCAAGACAAGUAUAUGCUGCAUUUAUUGUAUCAGUUUAGUCAUAAAACAACUUCCGCCUAUGAAAAUUACGAAUUUGCUAGAGUCUUAAACAGAACGGAAAACUUUAUAGAUGAAUUGUCUUCUUUUUACUGCCAUGUAACGAAAGACAGACUACUUUGUAGUGAAAAAUACAGUGUGUCUCGGCUCUCAGCACUGACAGUGUUCUGGUAUCUCACAGACACUUUACUGCACACAUUGGCUCCUAUUACUCCACAUAUCGCUGAGGGAACAUAUUCCUCUCUGCCAAUCAUACAAGGAGAAAGAAGUGUGUUCAAAUCAGGCUCGUUCAAGUGUGACCCCAGCUGGAACAACCCUGAUAUAAGUGAAGUCAUGGAGAUAGUGCUGGGACUGAGGGAGAAGUUCUACUAUGCUCUGGAUAACAACUCUCAGGCCAAGGAGUUUGAUGUGGUGAUUCACACAUCUUCACCACUGCGGAACUGUAUGAAGGUAUUUCAGCCAGAGGGCUAUCCCAGCUGUACUUCUCCUCUGAAUGAGGUCUUCCAGGCAGCUGUAACCACUGUUCUAGGGAAACCACCCCCCAUACUGCCUGAUGACUCACAAAUUGUCUCUGGAAAGUGGCCAUUUAAACAUAAAGAUGGCACCUCAAAAGAAGAGCCUUAUACUCUAGUCAUUCUUCCUGCUGAGAAUCACAAGUGUCCAAGGUGCUACAGAUAUCUGGCUGCUUCCUCUACACAGCCAUGUGACAGGUGCAUGGAAGUGAUAGCAGGGCAGUGGGCAGACUACUAAGCCAUUGAAGGCCAUGGGACAGCCUAGGAAGUGAUUGCAAUCCAGUAGGCAGAGUAAGAGGUGAUUGCAAUCCAGUGGGCAGACAAGGAAGUGAUUGUAGUCCAGUAGGCAGACUAAGAAGUGAUUGCAAUCCAGUGGGCAUACCAAGAAAGUGAUUGCAAUCCAGUGGACAGACUUAGAAGUGAUUGCAAUUCUGUGGGCAGACUAAAAAGUGAUUGCAAUCCAGUGGACAGGCUAAGAAUUGAUUGCAAUCCAGUGGGCAGACUAAGAAGUGUUUGCAAU